CUGUCAGCUGUAAAAAUGUGACGUUGGACUGAAUAAUUUAGAAAAUUUUCGUUUAGUUUUGUUAAUUUGUUUUAAUUGAUAUAUUUUUUAGUAGCAAAUUUUAAACUUGAUCGAUGCAGUAUCAAAACCAAUAAAUGAAAGAUGUAUCCUAUUCCUGCAUUAAAAAUUCUAAGAGUAAUGGGUCAGACCCUUUCCGAACCCGUAACAGACAAGCAGUCGUCAACAUGCCAGGAUUCACGGUUCCUGGUUGGUUCUUCUUGUAUGCAAGGAUGGCGUGUAUCAAUGGAUGAUUCACACACACAUAUUCUGUCACUACCCGAUGAUCCUGGAACAGCUUUCUUUGGAGUCUAUGAUGGACAUGGAGGUGCUAAUGUAGCCGAAUAUGCUGGGAAACAUCUUCACAAAUUUGUCACAGCUCGGCCGGAGUAUCAUUUGGGGAACAUUGAAGAGGCAAUGAAACAGGCAUUCCUUGACCUGGAUCAGGCAAUGCUGGAGGAAAAUAUGCAAGAAAAAGCAGCUGGGAGUACUGCAGUUGUCGUUUUGAUAAAGGAUAACACUGUUUAUUGCGCUAAUGUUGGAGACUCUAGGGCUGUCGCGAGUGUGGGAGGAGCGGUAGAACCAUUAUCCUUCGACCACAAGCCGACUAACAAGGAAGAACUAGAGAGGAUAACGGCUGGGGGUGGUUGGGUUCAACUUAAUCGGGUUAAUGGAAAUCUAGCGCUGUCCCGGGCUCUGGGAGAUUACUUCUUUAAGAGGAAUUACAGAAUGUCGCCACGUGAACAAAUUGUAACUGCGUACCCAGACGUGCAAGUGCGGCAGUUAAAUGAAGACUGGGAGUUCAUAGUGAUCGCCUGCGAUGGGAUAUGGGAGGUUCUCUCCAAUGAAGAGGUGAUAUCAUUCUGUCGAAUCCGACUUCUAAGUGGGUGGGAGCCGCCGGCAGUGUGCGAAGCCCUAAUGCAGCGAUGUCUGGCACCCAACUGUCUCACUGGGGGCUUGGGUUGUGACAACAUGACUGUCUUGAUCAUCUGCUUAACACCAUUCCCGGCACCACAUAUGAUGGAAGCUAUACCAGCUGAUCAACUUUUGAACGACAAAUUUGAAACCAACGCCGAAGAUCUCUUGUAUGCCGAAGAUGAAGACCUCAAGUAAAAAAGGUUAUUAAUCAGAAAAAUCAGGGAAAAAAAUUACACCACAGUCAUGGAAUUAAAAAAAUAUCAAAUUAUAUCUUUAUCAAACUUUUAUGAAAUGAAGGAGACAGGAAUAUUUAAUAGAACUUUAAUUUGCACUUAGGAAUUUAAGUGAAUUAGCUUUGGCUUCGCACAUCGAUAGAAAGAGAUGACAUAGGCAUAGCGCUAUCUCUGUCGCACAUGGUAAAGAAAGGACGUAUCUGUUACGAAUAUUUGCUGAAAUACACGCAAUAGCGAAUUGUGUUUAGUACUGUAUAACUAGUCCGUGAAUUAUGAAUGUGACAAAUGGUUUGUCGUUUGUGUUUUAUGGCAAUUUUUGCCGUGUGACACUGGAACCAGCUGCUCACUGCUUUUCGAACCAAUUCGACAUAGGGUACUUCAAGAAAAGCGCUUUUCAAUUUUAAAGGCCGGCACAUGCAUUCUGGUAAUGUAAGUGUCCAUCGGUAUCACUUAACAUCAGGUGAGUCUCUGCCCUUCUUUUUAGAGGGCAAACGCCCUCUAAAAAGAAGGUAAUAAAUAGUAUUGUCUUUGGUUAACAUAGCUUUUACACAUUGAAAGAAAACAAUUUUUUAACCGAAUUUAAGCUAUUUGUAUUAUUAUAAACUUAUAAUUAUUUACAUAAUUUUAAAUUUAAAACUUUCCGACAUUUCGUGACACCGUGACCAAGAACACUGUAAAGCACGCUUAAUCACGAUUACUUAAUACAAAUAUCUUUAAUCCGGUUAAAAAAAUAUUUUCUUUCAAAAAGUUUAGUGGCCUUUUGGUCUAAAUUGUUUUUAAAUUGAAUAUUUUUUUUUGCGACAAUAUUAACCUACCUAAUAUUAAUUAAGAAUGGAUAAAUAAAUUUAAAAACUUUGGUCCCCGUGGAUAAAGAUAAUAAAGAUAGACUUUAAUGCUGGUAAUUAUAAUUAAAAAAGGACCUAUAUUAGUCAUACACAAAAUUGCCUCAGAUUUCUAGUUAACGCCUCUUUGUUCAUGUCACUUUGUUUUAGCCAGCGCAGUAUUGGAGUAGUUUUACCAAUUCGUUCCCUACCUCGUUAAAAGACUGGCACAUUGGGUAAAUUCAGCAUAAACAUUUACAUUACACGAUAAAACAUCGAAAAUACUCAAAAAUAGCUGUGCCAAAAUUUUUGUUUCUAUACAUUAUACUGUAGCGUUUUAUAUUAACGAAUUAAUUUAUUGUAAACGGUAUGUUUUAUUUCAUAUAUGUUAAAUGCUCCCGUACAUAGUCUAUUCAAUGCGAACAGUCAAAUCUUUGUAUGCAUUUUCAUAAAUAUUGUUGUAUCGACACAAUAUUGAGAUUUUUUUUUUGUUUCUCAUGUAUUUAAAUUUAUAAGGAUAAAUUGUCAGUGCUUUAUAAUUUUAAUUUUUGAUGAUCGUGAAUUACUGCCUUUACUUACUUUAAUUCAAAAACUUAUUUCUGACAUACGAGGCGAUUGAAUAGAAUUGAAUUUCUGAAAGACUACUAGAAAGUUUUUUUUACUAUGGUUUCACCGAGCACAUGAAAAUUUGGUCGGGGAAAUAUGUUUAAUAUCGCUUUUCGUACAGCUUAAACGGGUAAAUUUACAAACUUCCUGAUGUCGCAAGUGACCAUGGGCGGCGGCUAUAAGUGACUUCACGUUUGCCGGUUCGCUAGUCUGAUUUUCGUUGUAUUAUUUCAUUAAGUCAAAGUUGUAAAAACGGUUUUAGAAUUAUUAUUAAUUAUUAUAUACCGGUUUUUAUAGAAUGGUGAACUCGAAGCCUUUCUAGCCUUAUUACGGUCAGAUCACACCUUGUAGUCCUUUUUUGGACGAUUACGUGGAGUUUCCCGUUUUUUCCGGAUUUUAUCAUGACAUCGUCACCGCUUGAGUUGACACUUCAUUAGGCAAAGCAAAGGGUUAAUAUGAACAACGUAUAUUAAAAUGAUUGUUUUUUCAAAUCGACAGAUCAGCGAGUACCAACUUAAUUACUCAUUUCUAGUCAUGAAAAUAUUGAAGUUUAUCUAUUUUGUGUUGAAUAUUGAACGGGAUUCUGUGAGACCAUAAUAAUAGUGUUUCUGUAUAUUUUUGUUUUUUUCGAUGAGUUUAUGCUAAUUUUAAUGAUUUAUUUAUUAUUAGUAAAAGUGAACUCAAAUAAAGGGCUUUAACAUUUUUAAAAUACUUGAUCAUCGACUUAGGGCAACGCACUCUAGUAUUGAGAGUGUCCAUGGGUGGUGGUAUCUCUUAACGUCAGCUGAGCCUCCUGCCCGUUUGCUCCUUGUUCUAAAAAAGGUCCUUAAUUUGAUUUACUUGUACUUAUUGAAAUUAAUUUAUAAUAUUGUCAAAGAUAUAAAUAAUUAAAUUGUAAUUAAAAUAAAAUAUUAAAUUAAGCAAAUUAUAUUAAGUGGUUGUUAAUAAUAAUAGUUUAAUAAUAAUAUCAAA